AGUGUUUUGUCGGUUAUGAUGACUGGCGCCAGAUUGCGAUUGCAAGGAUUACAAGCCCGAUCGCAUGGGGGGGCCAAAUAAGCGGCAGUAGCUGUACUGCGAGUCAGUCAGACUUUAUUUUUUCCUUCGUUUUUUCUCCGAGCCCAAAGUCGGUCACCAUUUUCUACCACUUUCUCAGUUUGCUAUCUUCUUCGUCGAAUCUGUGUUGACUCACAGAAAGAAGAGAGAAGAAGUAUUGAGAAGGUGCGUAAACCCUAGAUACACAAUAGGUUUAGAAAUUGAGCAGAGUUUUCCAUGGCGCGUUCUAUGUACAGAAACCAGGCGUCCUCUGCCACUUUCUCCAAGAAACUCUCCACCGCAAAUGGAUUCUACGACGACGUUUUUUCCGGUCAGGCGAAGGUCGGAGCUCCAACUUUCUCGUCUCGAGUUGAGGACUACUGUGAAAUUUUUGGCACCUCUCAGGCUUCGCGUGGUUCCUCGAUUCCGGUUCUAGAUCUUCCGAUUGCCAAUGAACGAGAAGCUCCUAUUGAUGUUCGAAGCUCGAAAUUCGACUACUCGAAAAUUUUCAGCGGUUUAGGCGAUGUGGAUUUUGCGGCACCGUCGUAUGAGGAAUUGUUCGCUGAACCAAAGGAAGGCGAUAGUACUUCCUCCAUGGAAGCGUGGACUCCAGCUGAAACAGGUUCUCCUUCAGAAGCUUCAGAUGUUUUUAAUAGCUCAGAAGAAAAUGAAGUAUAUGAAGCAGCUUACCAAUCAUUUGAUUCUGUAAAGCAGUUCAACAUGUCAUAUCACAGAACCAAUCAAAGAAGUCCUGAAAGCACAAACGAAACAACACACAUAGCUCAAUUCCAUGCUGUUCCUGGAUAUUCUUGUUUAAUUGAUGAAUUCUCUCCUUUACAAAAGACUGAAAGUGAUACACCAGUACCUACAAUAGUAAAUGAUGUUAAGCUUAAUGUGGAUUUUAGUGAGGGGACAAAGGAAAGAAAACAUUGCAAGACAGCCUUGUCACAUCCUCCACCCUGUGAUGAUGAGAAACAGGCUUCUGAUGGUGAUGCCAAUUUUCGAAGCGGAUUUGAUCGAAACCAGUCUUAUUCUAAUGAUAAUUUAUUUAGUGCAUAUGAAACUAGAAUUCAUUCCUCUAAACUGCAGCCACCUAACCCAAACAAGAAAGAAGAUGAUUACAAUAAAUCAAUGGAUUCAAACUUCAAAGCUUCUACAAGUGCUCCUGGAGGUGCAGCAGAUGAUUGUUCAUCAACUUCCUCUGAUGAGGAAAUAGAUCCAAAUUCUGCUGCCGCUGCCUCUGCUGCUGCUGUGAGAAAAGCAAUAGAGAAUGCUCGAGCAAGGAUCAGAAUAGCAAGAGAAUCAAUGGAGAGAAAGAAGGCUGGCCUUCAAAGUAGUGGGAAAUUGAGCUUUAAGGAUGGCUUGGAAUUCAAAGAAAAAAGGGGUGGUAAAGUUCCUGCUUCAGGAAGCAGAUACAAAGAGAAGGUGACACAAAUAACAUGUGAAAGAGUUGAUAGAACAGUGCCAGUUUUUGCAGGGAGAGAGAGACAAAAUGCAACAGAAACAGGACAAGUAGUUCCAGGUGCCAAAAGCAGAGAGAAAGUUAUUAUUGCUAACAAAACUGCAGAAGCAAUGCAUGGGACGAAUUCCCAACAAACUCAAGUGGAUCAUGGGCAGGAAGGAGCAGAUGAAUUGGAAGCAGCCAAACUGUUUUAUGAUCAAGUAAAUACACACAAGUCCAGAGCAGCAACCUUGGUCUUCAAGCAUGCAGAUGGUGAGAACAAAAUGAUCGAAGCUAUUGAUGCACGUGAAUGGAAAGAGAAGGUGAUGGUUAAGACAAACUCGGAUGAGCCCACAGAAAAUGCAAAGAAGAUGAAAAUUAUUGAAGAGGCUCAUAAAUGGGAGGAAAUUGGGAACGCUAUAAAAGGGGCACAAGAGUGGGAUGCAAAUAAGUUAGAAGCAGCCACAGAGCUUACUGAGCAGGAAGAAAAUGAGAAGAAAUUGAGAAUUGGUGUAGAGUUGCGAGAAACCAAGGAGAUAGAAAAUGAGGAAGAACUGAAAAAGUGUCAGCAGCCAAUAAAAAGAGAGGGAAUCGAUAUUCAAGGGUGGGAAGAAACUGAGGAAAUAGAAAAUGAGGAGGAACUGAAAGAGUGUCAGCAGCCCAUAAAAAAUGAGGAGGAAAUUGAUCUUCAAAAUUGGGAGGAGGACGAAACUCUUCAGAAGAGACUAGAAGAGGGGGGUCCAAAGCAGAUAGAAAAUGAAGAGCAAAAAGAGUCCUAUGAACAAGCAGAAAAUGAGAGGAAAGUAAGUGAAGUUUGUGGGUGGGUAGAACAUGAGGAGCAACCAGGAGAGGUUUGUGGGCAGGAAGAAAAUGUGAAGAAACACAAAGAUGCCCCCAAGGGAGACAGCGAGAAAGAGUUGGCCAAGGUUUGUGAGAAAGAAACGAGACUAAAUGUCCCUCAUGACUGGGAAGAAAGUGAGAAGCUACUGAAAGAGGAUCAUCUGUGGGAAGGAAACGAGAACCUUGAAGAGACCCAAAAGCUGGAAGUGAAUGAAGAGAUGCUAAAAGAGUCUUAUCAGAUGGGAGAAAAUGAGAAGAGUCAAAAAGAAGCUCAUGAAUGGGAAGAAACUGAGAGAACACAGGGAGAGACUGAUGAGAUAGAAGAAAAUGGGCAGAGAAAAGUGACUAAAGAGGCUAUCAAGUAUGAUGGGGAGAAGAAUCUUGAGGCCACUAAUAAUGCCUCUGAGCAGGAUCAAGCUAAGAACCUAAGUGGGACUCAAGAAGCCUGUACACAGAAGGGAAAUGAUAUGGAUAUGGAUGUAAUAGAAGAAGUAUUUGCUGAUGAGGAGAAUGGGAGGAUGAUGGAAGUAUAUGAAUCUUUCUGUGAACCCAAAGAGAAUGGAAAUGGGUUGAAACCUUUUAAAGUGGAAAAUGAUCUGGAGGAAAGAGAGAUGUUUGAAGAAGCAAGAUUGACUCUGGAUGCCCUCAAAAACAGAGAGAUCAAGAACAGCAUGAAUGAUGAAGUUGAAACAUUCUUUUUAGAUGCCAAUGAGGUGGAUUUAGAUGAAAUUGACAUGAAUCUCGGACAAGAAGAAACUGACCACAAUACAGAACCUGAAUUAGCCUGCAAUCUGGAAGAGCAUUUUAAGAAACUAGCUCCUGAAUCAGGAGAAAAUAAUAAGCAUGUAAAUGAGACUGAAGUUGCCUUGGAUGAGGAAGAAGAUGAUGUGUCUUAUGGGGAAAGACAAUGGGUUGAGAAUGGGAAGAAAAUGGAGGCAGGUUGUGUGUUUGAAGGGAAAGAAAUGAACAUGGAAAUGGAUCAGGAGAUCAAUUCAAGCCAAAUUACAGAAGGAAAUAAGGAGAAUGCACAAGAUACCUUCACAAUUGAAGGGAGGGAAACCAAGGAAACUUUGCAAAAGGAAGCAGAGGUGGAAAAGGAACACUUUAGAAGAACAAAUGAAGCGAAAGAGAGGGAAAGAGAAAGAGAAAAAGAAAGAAUAGCUGUUGAAAGAGCAAUCCGUGAAGUUCGUGAAAGGGCAUUUGCUGAAGCCCGAGAAAAGGCAGAAAAGGCUGCUGCAGAAAGAGCAACUGCUGGAGCCCGACAAAAAGUGAUGGCUGGGGCUGGGGAAAGAUUGAAUAAAGCUUCUUCAGGGGCUAAAUCAUCAGCUGAGAAGGCUUCUAUGGAAGCCAAACUUAGGGCAGAACGUGCUGCUGUAGAGAGAGCAACUGCAGAGGCUCGGGAGCGUGCCCUGGAAAAAGCACUAUCUGGGAAGGCUGCCUCUGGAGCAAGAGAACAGCCCGAAAGGUUUGCUGCUGCUAAGAAGGAUCCACUGUAUCAAGGCUCAGGUCCUUCUAGCAAUUCAAGAUAUUCGAAUUCUUCAAAUCAUGGUGUUCCUUAUGCCACUGGAUUUGAUGAGGCCAAAGAUGAAGCAACUCAGAGGUGUAAAGCUAUGUCAGAUAGACAUCAACGGACAGUGGAGCGUGUGGCAAAAGUUCUUGAGGAGAAGAAUAUGCGGGAUCUACUUGCUCAGAAAGAGCAAGCAGAGAGAAACAGACUAGCAGAAGCUCUAGAUGGUGGUGUCAAAAGGUGGUCAAGUGGGAAGGAGGGGAACUUGCGUGCACUGCUUGCAACGCUUCAAUAUAUUCUUGGGCCUGAUAGUGGUUGGCAGCCGAUUCCCCUAACAGAUAUAAUAACAACCAAUGCUAUAAAGAAAGCUUACCGGAAGGCCACUCUUUGUGUGCAUCCUGAUAAGUUGCAGCAGCGUGGUGCUAGCAUUCAGCAGAAGUACAUAUGUGAGAAGGUUUUUGAUCUUUUACAGGUAUGCUGUUGUCUUCUUUUGUGCAUUAGCUUAAGUAUCUUUAUGGGCUAGUGAGCACUAAAACUGAAGAGGUUUCAAUUUUUGUAGUAAUGCCUAAAUAAUACUGCAAGCCAUAAUUUAAGUGAAAUCUCAAAACUUGAUCCCUAAACCAACUAGGGCUAAAA